UCCCUGACGUAUAAAUGCAGGAAGCUCCGAGGCGUGACAGCUCUUCUCGCCAAGGUCACAAAUCAAGAGUAGCAAGCGGCUUCCAGCAUGGCGACCCGAUGGGGACUCUGCGGUGCCGGAAAGAUCAGUCACGACUUCAGCGUGGCUUUGAGGACACUUCCACCUCAAGACCACCAGAUAAGAGCCGUCGCAUCGAGGAGUUUGGAGCGGGCCCAAGACUUCGCCAAGAGGCACGGCAUCCUUGAGGCGUACGGCAGCUACGAAGAGCUGGCCAACGACCCAAAUAUUGACGUUGUCUACGUGGGAGUGCUGCACACAGAACACUGGCGAGCGGGCCUCCUCUUCCUCAAUGCUGGCAAGAAUGUUCUGUGUGAGAAACCCUUCGCCAUGAACUCUGGUCAGGUGAAAGACCUCGUCAACGCCGCCAGAACAAACAAGGUCUUCUUGAUGGAGGCAGUCUGGUCUCGCUGCUUCCCCACUUACGUCGAGGUGGGCCGACGGCUGCGUGAGGGGGCCUUGGGGGAGGUCAAACUGGUUAAGGCCUACUUCGGCUCUCCCCAGCUCGAUAUCCCGCGCUCUGUGGAGAGGGAGCUCGGGGGAGGCGCUCUGCUGGACAUCGGCGUAUACUGCCUGCAGUUUAUCCUGAUGGUGUUCGACGGCGAGCGGCCGGAGUCUGUCCACGCCACGGGGGUGUUGCUUGACUCGGGAGUGGACGAGUCUGUGGUUGUGGUGAUGAAAUUCUCCAGAAAGAGGAUGGCCACGUGCACCUUCUCAAUCGCUGUUCGUCUUCCAAACGAUGCUGUCAUCACCGGCACCAAGGGCUCAAUCCAAUUGUGUCGGCCCAUGCAUUGCCCCACCAGACUAGUGGUUAACGACAAAGUAAGUGAGUAUCCUUUGCCAGAGCCUGACCUCCCGCUCAACUUCACCAACAGCACCGGACUUCGCUACGAGGCCGAGGAAGUGCGACAAUGCCUUCUUCAGGGUCUUAAGGAGAGCCCACGGAUGCCUCUGGCUGACUCCAUUUUACUGACAGAAAUCAUGGAUGAAAUCAGGAAGCAAGUGGGCGUUGUUUUUAGCCAGGACAGCCAAAAAUGUUCCUCGGAAACAUAGCCACCUUCACCUGACUUGAACCCAGAGACUGUCCCCAUCAAAAAGCAAACAGCUUGAAACUCUACUUCAAAGCCCUAACCGUAGUUUUAAAAGCAUGCGUCGAAACCCUAACCUUUUACGCCUAAACCUUAAACCUAACCCUAACCUUAACUAACCCUAAUCCUAAACUUUAACAUCAACACCAAAACCCUAAACCUAACCUUAACACUAACCCUAACCCUCAGCAGCUGCAGCACAAUACGCAGGGGGACAGAACGUGGUGCAAAUGAAAUUGCGGUCGACGUGUCACCCCAUUCCCAGUGCCUAAGGCUACAUUAAAGAUACAAUUAUGAAAU